AGGCGACGGGAGGGAGGUUUUAUCAGCCCAACCAUACGUGGGCCGGUCGGCGAGAGACAGUGAGGGGAGCUGACAUUAUACCCAUGAUACCGGGCGUUGAUUGAAUGAGCAGAAGAGUCAGUGGCGGGCGGUGAAUGAAACCGAGGUGGGUGGGAGGAGCAGGAGAUGGUUCAUUCAUUGUACCGUGUGCCAGGCGAGAGGCGGGGCUAACGUUGCGUGCUGGGUUGGCGGCUUUUGUGAGGCAGCGGCAGCAGCAGCGAAUGAGGCGGCCGGUGCGUGUGAAGUGGGCAGGUGGUGGCGACGGCGACUGUAACGACGGCUGAGACGGGGACGGCCUCGGUUUUUGAAGCGGCAGCAACUUCGUAUUCAUGGAGGUUCCUUCUCCCGCUUCUUCUCUAUGUGUCCCUCUGCCUUCCUCACAGGUGGCGGCGGCGGCGGCGGCGGCGGCGACGACAGCGGCGGCGGAAGUGACGGUCAGUGUGGGGUGCUUGUCGUUGGGGGAAGAUGGCGACUGUGGCUGUGCUAGGCAGUGAAGGAGGUGAUUCAUGGCAGGGGACGUGGAAGGAUUUAGUUCCCCCAUCCAUGAUACCAGCGUGUCUGCUGGAUUCAGAACACUGUACGAGGAGGGAUUGCUUCUUGACGUCACUCUUGUUAUUGAAGAUCACCAAUUUCAGGCUCAUAAAGCACUGCUUGCUACUCAGAGUGAUUACUUCAGGAUUAUGUUCACUGCUGAUAUGAGGGAGCGAGAUCAGGACAAAAUCCACUUGAAAGGUCUGACUGCUACAGGUUUCAGCCAUGUUCUCCAGUUCAUGUACUAUGGAACCAUUGAACUGAGUAUGAGCACUGUUCAUGAGAUCCUGCAAGCUGCCAUGUAUGUACAGCUUAUUGAGGUGGUGAAGUUCUGCUGCUCCUUUCUCUUAGCAAAAAUUUGCUUGGAAAACUGUGCAGAAAUUAUGAGACUCUUAGAUGACUUUGGUGUCAACAUCGAGGGAGUCAGAGAAAAGCUAGACUCCUUCUUGUUAGAGAACUUUGUGCCACUCAUGGCUAGACCUGACUUCUUGUCCUAUCUGAGCUUUGAAAAGCUUAUGAAUUACUUGGAUAAUGAUCAUCUGAGCAGGUUUCCUGAGAUAGAGCUCUACGAAGCCGUUCAGGCUUGGCUGCGGCAUGAUAGAAGACGCUGGAGGCAUACCGACACAAUCAUUCAGAACAUCAGGUUUUGUUUGAUGACACCAUCCAGUGUUUUUGAAAAGGUGAAAACAUCGGAAUUUUAUCGUUACUCUCGGCAGCUGCGACAUGAGGUGGAGCAAGCUAUGAAUUACUUCCAUAGUGUUCACCAGCAGCCCUUGAUGGAAAUGAAAUCCAAUCGCAUUCGUUCUGCCAAACCCCAGACUGCUGUAUUUAGAGGAAUGAUAGGACACAGCAUGGUAAAUAGUAAAAUUCUCCUCCUGCACAAGCCAAGGGUCUGGUGGGAGCUAGAAGGCCCACAAGUACCUUUACGACCAGACUGCCUUGCUAUUGUUAAUAACUUUGUGUUCUUAUUGGGUGGAGAAGAGCUGGGGCCAGAUGGCGAAUUUCAUGCUUCUUCUAAAGUGUUCCGAUAUGAUCCAAGACAGAACUCUUGGUUGCGAAUGGCAGACAUGUCUGUACCACGCUCAGAAUUUGCUGUUGGUGUUAUUGGAAGAUACAUCUACGCGGUGGCUGGGAGGACAAGGGAUGAGACAUUUUAUUCCACGGAGCGAUAUGAUAUCACAGAAGAUAAGUGGGAAUUUGUGGAUCCCUAUCCAGUCAAUAAAUAUGGGCAUGAAGGAACUGUUCUUGGUAACAAAUUGUACAUCACUGGUGGAAUAACCUCCUCAUCCACGUCUAAGCAGGUGUGUGUGUUUGACCCCAGUAAAGAGGGGACUGUUGAACAGCGAACAAGGAGGACUCAAGUGGUCACUAAUUGUUGGGAAAACAAAUGUAAAAUGAAUUAUGCAAGAUGCUUUCACAAAAUGAUUUCUUAUAAUGGCAAGCUUUAUGUUUUUGGAGGUGUCUGUGUAAUCCUGAGGGCCUCUUUUGAAUCUCAAGGAUGUCCUUCCACAGAGGUUUAUGACCCAGAUACUGACCAAUGGACUAUUUUGGCUUCUAUGCCAAUUGGCAGAAGUGGCCAUGGUGUAGCUGUAUUGGACAAACAAAUAAUGGUUCUUGGAGGCCUUUGUUAUAAUGGUCACUACAGUGAUUCAAUCCUCACUUUUGAUCCUGAAGAUAAUAAAUGGAAAGAAGACGAAUACCCAAGAAUGCCCUGCAAGCUAGAUGGCUUACAAGUUUGUAGCCUACACUUUCCUGAAUAUGUGCUGGAGCACGUUAGACGUUGCAGCUAAAAGAUAAGAAACUAUAAUUUGGCAGAGUGGGGGUGAGGAAGAGGAAAUAAAUAUUUAAGCCCACUGAAGACAUUGUCCUGUGUAAUUCACUUCUUAAAUUAAUAGAGAGAGAGAGUGUACAGGGAAUGCAUCUACCAAGUUUAUUAGGAAUGCCAAUAACUGUGGUUUUGUAUUGUACUUCAGGUUUUAUUUUUACAUGCUAUUACUGCAUGUUUUGAGAGAGGAGAAAAAUAGAAUCUGUUCUUCCACUCCAUGCGUGUUAACGCUUAAUAUGUUCUUGCUGUGUGAGUUAUGACAACACAUGCUUCAGGAACAUUGGAAUAUCCUUUUUUUGCAAGGUGGGUCGAAAGCAUAUGUAUUGUGUAUUUUAACUUUUUUUGUGUCAGAAUAAAAUUCAGCAGCCUUACUAGGAGAGAGCCUAACUUUAAUGUAGCAGUGAAAGAGGCCUUUGUUUUUCUGUACAUUGCUUGUUAGUUCUUUAAAUAUAUAUUUAAAAAUGUUUUUCCACUUUUAAGUCUCCUGAUCAGGUUUGACAUUUCUCAUUUUAAUAACACUGACAACAAAAUUGUGUUCUGUUUUUUUGCAUGACCUUUCCCUUAAUUUUGUAUAGUAGUUCCAGUAAGUCUGCUGAAAUUUUUUUAAAUUGAGUUUUCUACUAAAAUAAAUUCUAGGCUGCUUUGUCUGCAUUGUGGUUUGUGAAUAAAAUAUAUCUCCAUGUACAUACAUGCAUACACUGUAUGAUCAAGAUAAAAUGCAUCUUUUUAUGUGCAGCUAUAAAAGUCUUAAUUUUAAUUAGCACACAGAUAUUGGGCAUAUCUGAAUUUUAACCAUAAUAAUACCCUCUCAUGUAUUUAAACUUAUUGGGUAACUGGAAGUCUCAUAUCUAUCCAUAUAGCCAUCUUUGGUAUAUACUGAUUGAUUCAGUACCAUUUGAAUUUUUCUUGCUAAUGGUAGCAUCUUUCUUUCUAAGCCAGGGAACCUAGUCCGUCAUCUCUGUACUUGAUUCUUGAAAUAUAAAUCAGAACUCACCAAUUCCACCCCAUGUUAAGGUUGGUUGCUGUGGGUCAUCUCCUGCCUCAGAGGUACGAUGCCUUUCAAUACCAGUUGCAGGGGAGCAACAGCAGGAGAGAUGGCAUGCACCUGUGGGCUCCUCAGAGGCAUUUGGUGGGCCACUGUGUGAAACAGGAUGCUGGACUAGAUGAGCCUUGUGUCUGAUCCAGCAUGGAUCAACUGCUUCUUAAGAGCACUCUUGUAGACAUUGUUUGGUCUGUAGAUGUGUAAUAUCACUAAAAAUCUGAACAGAAUUCUGAGUUGAAAUAAUAACAUUGUGGUGUCUUUCUUUUUAAAAUGGUGUGGAAAUUGACAAAAUCCUGCUUUAGCAAUUUAAGGCAUGCUGAUGCUGGGCAAACUACUGAGGUAAGACUUCACAAGAGAUACAAUUGCUCCUGUAAAAUAUGGAGGCAUAAACUGUGUACAAGUUGACCUCAUUAUUCGCGGGGGUUCCGUUCCUGCAGAUUACCACGGGUAACGAAAUCGCAGGUAAUGAGUCACUGAAGUCUAUGGGAUAGCGGGGGUUAUGUUCCCAGGCUUCAAAAAUUUGCUGGAAAAUCACCUUUAAAAUGUGAAAAUGGGCCAAAUAAAGUGCCCUACCAUGUUCUGCAGAUCUCUUAGCAUCCAGCAAUACCUCACAAAAGUCCUAUGGGUGGGAGGUAGAUCUUCAUCCUUUUUUCAAUUUUUCUUAUGAAAUGAGCCACGAAAUGGCUCUUGCAGACAACGUAAUGGCCAGAAAUGACCUCCAUGGUCAAACUGAUCUUUAUUACUGUCAUAGACAAUUGUCAUUUCCAGCCUUCCAGGAACUGUGGACACGUGGGUUUUAACCCUUUCAUAUCUGUGGAUAAUGAAAUAGGGUGACAUUUUGUGGACCAUGAAACUGCAAUUAGCAGAACUGUGUACAGAGAGGUCCACCUGUACAACUUUCAGCAUUUUCCAGCUUGAAAUCACUGUAGAACAAAUGUAGCCUGGGAGUUCAAAAUUGUCCAUGCCAGAAGGACCAAAAACUCCAAAUUGUGCUGUUAAAUGUUUACAAGUUGACUAAAGUAAAUAAAUGAGCAACUGAAACAUUAUAAUUGUGCCCUUUACAGUCCAUUUUCAUUGGAUAUCAGUUCUGCCCUUUCAACUUGUGGAUAUACAGAAUUGUAUGUAGUAAUACAGAAAAGAUGAAGACUACCAUGCAAAAUGAGUACAAUUGUGAUUAGUGAUGGAAAUGUGCACUAUGUUAAGUGAGGUAAUAUUGUAUUAUCAUUAAUUGCUAGACCAAACUUGCACACUAUCUUCCAAAAUAAAACAACAUUUGCCAAUCAGAUAUUGACGAUUAUUACCCAGUAUUUGUGUGCUCAGAAAUAUAGGGUGACAUACAGUUUCCCUUACUCAAGCGGUCUUACCAGUGCUUCGUGAGAAGUGCUGGUGCUGCAUGGGUGCUGGUGCUGACUUCCAAAAUAAUGCAGUGUUGGUGCUCAUGGGAAAGGAGAUUUUUGCCCUUCCCCCCGAAGCACUAUGCAACCUUGAAGCCAUCCAUAGGGACCUACUUCUGGGUUGCAAAGAGCACUUCUGGGUAUAAGGGAGGUCUGCAAAAAUCACCCCAAUGCAUGAACAGUGAAUCUGUGUUAUCUGCAGAGAAUAGCACCAGCAUUUCUUAUGAAGCACUGGGGCUUCAUUAGUCUGCAUGACAGCCACUCUGUUCCCCAAACAGCAGCAUCUAGAACCUUUGUGGCAGAAACCCAAAAGUGCACACUGGCCCUGAAGUGGUGGUAAUAUAAAACAAUGUUUUCAUCCGGAUUUGCUUUGUUACUUUGCCACCUUAGGGCAAAUGAUUGAGAGCCAAGCUACUUGAUAUCAUGUGAUGUAACUCCCUGUUAACAGAAGAUCAGCUUGUUGAGGGAAAAGUUACAGCUUAGUCCUCUUCUCCAAUCCUGUAGAUCAGGGACAUGUAGGAUUGGGCCCGUACUAAUUGGCAUAUGCCAUCAUGAUUGAAUAAAAGGGUUCUAAAUAGCAAAACCUGGGCAGAACUGAAUUUAAAAUUACCAUGGUAUUUGUGCCUAUCCAUCAAUAUUAGUUCUAAAAAGUAAUAGUUUGGGCACAGGAAUGACCAAGAGCAGCUAUUAUCAGACAAUGUGAAACCCUUACAACAAUCUACACAAUGUAAAAACCCAUUCAUUUCAGUAGUUUUUAUAUGUGGUAGUUCUUGGUAGAGCAAGAUUAAAUUCCUCAGCCUCGCUAGCUCAUGUUGACAGAUAUGCGUGAUCUCCACAGACCAUCAUGUUUUGUGAUGACAUUCUGGCAUACCUGUUAAUGUACUUACUAAAAACCGAUGUUCUAGCAAAGCAAACCUUAACUCUGAUACACUCCAUGACUGCUUGAAAUUUUGCUCACCAUGAGUAUCUGCCCAUUUUGAGCUACUUUGUAAUCAUUUGCAGUGGCAUGCUGAAAUUGGCAGGUUGUUGUAGUUAGCAUGCAGGAGGGGCUCACUGUAUGGAGCAGCCUCCAUGUAUUUAGUUAUUCAAGCAACCAUGAUGCAGCUCUUUGUUUUCUGUGAAUGGAACCUGUGGCAUAGUACUUGGGAAUGUAUUGCUCCUAAUGUACCAGUUGGGAUUGAGUCUGAAUGUGUUAUAAUGUUCCUGGAAAAGCAAAGCUAGUAUGUUGGUGAGAAGACUUCUAGCCUAGUCUUUUCCUGAAUGUGCUAACUGUACACAUGCAGGGAGUCUUUAUUGUAGGUGUGCUUUCAAACAUGAAACUUCCAUGUACAUAUAUGAAAUAGAACAGACCUGUACAUGUGUUCUUCCCAACAUCUCAUUUGGCUCAGGAGUCAGAUUUGGUUUGUAUUUUGUUAAGGAUUUAGCACCUAAACUAUCAAAUGGUUAGAAGUCAGUGAUUUAAAUGCGUAUGACACUUCUGACGUUAACAAAGUAUUUGGUUUUUUAUGUUGCUUUCAGCAUUUUAGAAGACUUAUCUGAAAUGAUGCACUAGAUUGGAGCAUUAAGGAUGACAACCUGAGAGAGGAAUUCUAGGAAAUGUAAAACUAUUUUAACCUGUUAUGUAGAAUUCUACAGGGCUUGUUAUUACUUAACCCUGUUCUCCACUCCAUUGUAAUGCAAUUAUUGAAAGACUUGUAGCUCAAUCAGAUUCAUGUCUAAUUGAAGUAAGUCCCAAAGAAUUAAGUGGGGCUUACUCUCAAUGUCUGCAUGGGACUGCAAGCCUGUUUUAUUAAAGUCCCCUUUGAUGUACACUGGAUUUUUGUUUGUUUUAAACUGUGUGUGUGCUGCUAUUAUCUCUGUCCCAGGUAGCGGGGGUGGGGUGGGGGGAAAUCAAAUGUCUAAAGAAACAUAUUACUGCUCCUUUAUGUUGGAUGUGGUUAAGAAACUAUUAAUUUUUUAUGGCGUUUAUCAUUAUUUUCCGUCCUUUACCCUGUUUUUGUUCAUGAUAACAGAAACACUAGCUUCAAUUGUAUGUUCUCAACAUCUAUGCAUUGCCUGAAUAUGUUUGCUUAAUGUAAAAGAGAAAAGGGUGGAGAGGAGAUCUGAUGGUAGCAAGUUCAUCAUUUCCCCCCCACCUCCCUUAAAAUUGUAGUGUUCUGGCAUUAGAUCCUUUUUUCCCUAUUUUUUAUUAUUAUCUGCAGCUGCAUUACCUCUAUCAUGAACAAGAUUGUCAAGUACUAGGUUCUCUACAAAAGGCUCUACACUUGAUUCAAGCUCUAUGGUUUCCAUUUGCACUGAUGCGUUAGCUGCAAUUUUAAGUAGUGCCAAAAUAAAGCAUCAGGAGACUAUGAAAGCUCAGUACCGAUAGUGCCCACAAUCCUGAGCACAUUAUAAAGCCAACUUAUUUGAACUGGCUUCAGAACAUUACAUGGGCUUAUGGCCCGUGUAGGAAGGGUUUCAACUGGAGUAUAUCAGUUAUAAUUAAAUGGUGGUUGACAGUGCAGGAAGAUGGCUACUAUUUAAUGCUGUUCUAAGGGACCAAGUGUCUUGUCACUAGCCAAGUUGCAAGACACUACUUUAUACAUACAUGCUUUAUACCAGUGGAAAAGCUGACACCUGUAUUUUAGUGGCACAAACCAGUCAUUUACUAACAAAGAGGUUUUGCUGUCAUCAGCAGCCUAGAUAAAGCCCAUUCUUAGAAUGUUACUCUAGACUUGUUUAUGUUGACACGGAUCAUAUAUAGAGUUUUUCCUGGGUGCUAGGAGAGGAAAAUAUAAAGCUAGAAUGGGAGGGAUACAGCAUGCCAAAAAAACCCAAAAACAAAAUCAAGACACCAAAUAAAAACAUAGCAUGUUUAGUAUGACAUUUCUUAUGUCAAGUUAGUCACUGCUAGAAAUAAUGUUUUUAUACUUUAGGGGUGAUUUAGGAACCACUUCAAUGGAAUCACACUAUUAAAAAACAUUGGGAUACCACAGAGUUUCAUUAUCACUUGUCUUUAUGCUUGUUUCGUUGACAAAAAUUAAGUGGGGAAAUGCUAUUUUAAUUGUUUACAGAAAUUAACUUUAGAGGUUUACAAAAUCAGAAGGAUUUUAUUCUGAAUAGUAGUUAAUUAUAAUCUGAAUUCCAAAAUGCACAAGUGCUUGUGUAGCUUCAACAAGAUUACCCAUAAACUUUAAAAGCCAGUACAGAGUGAGCUUAUGCUUGUGUAAAACUGAAUUUUUGCACCAAAAAAAGUCAAGGCUGAAAAAGAUUAGUUUUCUGAUGUAUGGUGUUUUAUUAAUGGCAGUUUUUGUUCAAAUAAUGUAAGGAGGGCAAGAGAAGCGAAUUAAUAAUCUUUCAUAGUUUGGGCAGGCUCCUUAAAAAUCAAUAGCUUAGCUUAGUUAGGAUCAAAUUCCAGUAAUAACUUUAACUGAGAUUUCCAGUAAUGUUGAAAAUCAGUAGUAGAAACUGAAUAAAUUGUAGUGAGCAAAAAGUUAUCAGGAACACCAAUGACAGGGACAAUUAUCAAGGCAUAAUCAAAUGUUGCUUUCCAGCAUACACUGAACAAAAUGACAAGUUGCUCAAAUGUUAUUAGCAAGUUAACUUUUUCCAGUUAUCCUUAUCUUCAUUCUGUGCUGUAGCAAAUCAAAAUUUGAAUACAUAGAUUCAUAUGUGCAUAUUGGGAUAUUAUUUCUAACUUUCCCAGAGCUGCUAUGAAAUUCUAAGAUCUAAGGUUUGUCUCUUUUUAACUUUUUUAAAGGAAAUUUUCUUCCCACUUUGUUUUGCAGAAGUUAAUUUCUCCCAUGCUGUGAAUGUAUUAUGUUCAGAUGUGCAUAUGUGUUCUAUUUUGUUUUUAAACAAAGGUGUACAAAUUGUAUAAUAAAGAAAAGUGUAAAUAAAAUAUUUUUAAUCUUUA